UGAUAAUUUGUCAUCUUUUUAAAAAUUAUUAUUAUUAUUAUUAUUAUCAUUUCGUUUCUAACAAUAAUAAUGGCACAUCGUUUACAUUCAUCGGCACGUCGUGUUUCAUUACCACAAUUGACAUUUGCAGCAAAUUUCUAUAAUAAUCCAUUCAUUAAUAAAAAUUUUCGAAGACAAUCAUCAGCAUCGAUGGAAACAGAAGAAUGUCUGUCCACAUUGUUGGCUAAAGAUGGUGAUCAUCAUUUGGAAUCUGGUGAAAAUCAACUAAAACAAUUGGGUGAAAUUCUCAUACGACCAAGUAAAUUUCAAUUGAUUUUGGAUGUCAUUGAAUUAUCGCCAGAUGAUUUAAAAGUACGUGCAUUUCGUAAAGGUUUUCUUGUGUCGGCAGCACAUCGUGAAAAACUUGACAAUGGUAAAGAAUAUGUGACCAAUCAUUUUUAUCGUGAAUACAUUUUACCAAAAGCAAUUCGUCCUGAAGAAGUUACAUCAUGGAUAACAACAGAAAAUCUGUUGUUUAUUGAAGCGCCGAAAAAAAUUCAUGACGAUGAUGAUGAUGAUGAUGUUGAUGUUAACAAUGAAAGUGGUGAAGAUCAUUCACCAAGUGAUGAUGAAGAUGAUGACCAAUUUGAUGAUUAUGAAGACCAGGCAAUUGAUGUGGAAAUUCUUCGUCAAGUUUAAAAAUGAAAUUAAAUCGAUCGCCACUAGAUGGUGCGUUCAUUCAUUACCCUUCAUUAUAUACACACACACACACACACAAAAAACAACUUCACAUUUCACAUUUCAUUUUCUGAUGAUUCGAAAAUUGAUUGAUUUUUUUGAUCAAUCACAAAUCACAAAUGUUGUCUAAUAACCAAAAACCGAAAAAAUAACCAAAAAAAUCUUUUUUUCUUUGACCAAUAAUUCAUUGUGAAAUCGUUUUUUUUCUUCAAAAAAAAAAAAAAAAAAAAAAUUUACGCACAAACCAAAACAGUCAAGGACAACAAUCUAUUCACAACAACAAUAAAUGAUAAUGAUGAUUAUGUCCAUCAAA